AAAAACCGGACAGAGAAACUUGUGACGCAUUUCCGGCGCUCUAGGUGAGGAAGAUGGCUGCGUCCCAGCAGCAGGCUUCAGCGGCUUCCUCAGCUGCUGGUGUGUCUGGCCCAGGUUCGGCUGGUGGCCCGGGUAGCCAGCAGCAGCCGCAACCACCGACACAACUGGUGGGGCCUGCCCAGAGCGGACUUUUGCAGCAACAGCAACAGGACUUCGAUCCUGUGCAACGCUAUAAGAUGCUCAUCCCACAGCUAAAGGAGAGUUUGCAGACCUUGAUGAAGGUUGCUGCCCAGAACUUGAUUCAGAACACUAACAUUGACAACGGACAAAAGAGCAGUGAUGGACCCAUACAGCGCUUUGACAAGUGUCUGGAGGAGUUCUACGCACUCUGUGACCAGCUGGAGCUCUGCCUGCGCUUGGCACACGAGUGCCUAUCACAGAGUUGCGACAGUGCCAAGCACUCUCCAACACUGGUGCCCACAGCCACCAAGCCCGACGCAGUUCAGCCUGACAGCCUACCCUAUCCACAGUACCUGGCAGUCAUCAAAGCCCAGAUUGCCUGUGCCAAGGACAUUCACACUGCUCUGCUGGACUGUGCCAACAAAGUCACCGGCAAGACUCCAGCACCACCUACAGGCCCUGGGGGUGCCCUGUGAGCUGGCAGGGCUGGGAGUGGGGCAGGCUGUGGGGGAGGGGGAAAGGGAGGGAAUGAAGAGUGGCCUCAAAGCAGCCUUGUCUCUGACUUUUCUUCCCGGCUGAGUACUGGGACCGAAGCCAGCAGGGGGCAGCAGAGGCCAGCAGAGAACGCACAGGGCGGGGCCUUGUCUCUGCUGGCUGCCUGAUCUCCUUCCUAGCAAGAGUGGACUUUGGCCCGUGCCUGAUGAUGAUAUAAGGGGCGCUUCCCCUACCUGGCCUGGGUAUGAAGCCCUAACUGGGCCGCUCUCCCGCUAUCCUUAACUUGAUUCUGUUCCAGUUUGAGCAUGAUCUCUGUCUGCUCCUUUUUCUAGCUCGCCCGUCUUCCAUUGAGUGUCUGCUGCUUGUGUCUGUUGUCUCUCAUUCAGUCUCUUUUUGUCCCUAUGUCUGUCUCCCUGUCUCUGACCUUCUCUCUCCCAGUCCCCCUUUGCUGACUUCUGCCCCCAGCUCCUCACUGGGACUCUGUGUCUAUGAAGGAGGCCAGAUUCUGGGAGCCAGAACCCCUGGAUUACCUGGGGAGGGAGCUUCAUAUCCAGGGGCUACAGCCAAGCCCAAGAUCCCUAGCACCUCCCAUUUCAGCCCAGCUCCCAGUGUCCUUGGCCAAGGAAAGGGGAAGUGGAGGGGUCUAAGCCCUGACCUCAGCAUGCCUGGUCAGGGAGCACCUCAGGCCCCCACCCAUACCCGGGGCCUGGGCCUGCGUCAGCAGCACUCAGACUAGGGGCAUUGUGCAAUCCGCGGUGAAGCCUAGCCCAGCUGGAAGCCUGGGUCCCUAUAUUUUUAGCCCCAAAGGAGAAGUGAAAAGGCCCCAAAAGGGGUGAAUCAUCAGUCCUGGGGAAGAACCCAGGCGCCUGAGCCCCAGCUCCUCCGGGAAGCAGGCCUUGGGGAGGGGGCUUCGGGAAGGGAUUACCCCAGUGGGCUCCCUUCUCUGAGAGCAAGCUUCAGAGAUCUCAGCCAUGGCCUUCAGGCCUGGGCAAGUGCAGGGUGGAGCUCGCAGCCCAGGCCCAGCUGGUGGGGUGUGAAAGGCUCAAGUGACUCAGCCUGGUUGGGGUACUGCCCCACCCAACACCUUCUGUGCCCUGGUUCCCAUGUCACUGCCCAGAGGCCUCCUCUCCUGGACCCCACAUCUGCAAGGAAACCCAGAAUCAUGUAGACCUGUGAUUCAUCCAAAGCCCAAGUCCCCACGCGAGUCCUCAGAAAUGGCCAGCGGGUGUGCGUGUGCAUGUGGCAUGUGUGUACAUCCCAGGAGGUUCCUUCCCCUUCUCCCUGUCCUCCCUUGAAGUGCCAGGCACACAGGGCAGGCCCUCAGGGAGGGCAGCAGACUGGGGCACUAGCUGAAGCUGCUAUCCACAGGUAGACUUUCUUCCUCAGGGAAGCCACAGCUCUGUCCAUUUAUUUGACUAAAUCAGUCCCUUCACCUGACUUCCCAGAUGUAGGAUAAUCUCCUUUACUUAAAGUCAACUGAUUAUGGACUUGAAUCAUAUCUACAAAAUACCUUCACAGCAUCAUCUAGAAUAGUCCUUGAUUGAAUAACUGGACAUUGUAGCCUAGCCAAGUUGACAUGAAAAACUGACCAUUAUCUAGUCCUUGUCAAUUUGGUACCCAUACACAUCCUCAGCCAUAGUUAGCCUCCAGAUAAAUACAAUAAUAAAGUCCUAUUCCCAUCUAA